AUGGCUCCUCCACGGACAUCUCGUGGCAAAGGCCCCAAGCAAAAACAUGACUCUGGCAGAACUUUGAAACGCAAGCGCGGCGAGGACGAGCUAUCCACGCUCACCCAAAAAGUCGAGGAUCUCGAUCUCAAGACCGCCGUCAAAAACUUCUCCGAUCUGCCUCUCUCCGAUCCCACCGCGCGCGGCCUGGCUGCUUCACACUACAAGACCCUGACCGAUAUUCAGUCUCGUGCGAUCAGUCAUGCCCUCAAGGGUCGCGAUAUUCUCGGCGCCGCGAAGACUGGUAGCGGCAAGACCCUGGCGUUCUUGGUCCCGGUGCUAGAGAAUCUCUACCGCAAGCAAUGGACUGAAUACGAUGGCCUGGGUGCGCUCAUCCUUGCCCCGACCCGUGAACUCGCCAUCCAGAUCUUCGAAGUGCUCCGCAAGGUGGGCCGGUAUCACGCCUUCUCCGCCGGACUGGUCAUUGGUGGUAAAAGCUUGCGCGAGGAACAAGAACGAUUGGGACGGAUGAAUAUUCUGGUCUGCACACCUGGACGUAUGCUGCAGCAUUUGGACCAGACCGCUAUGUUGGAGACGAACAACCUGCAGCUCUUGGUGAUGGACGAGGCGGACCGGAUUCUGGACAUGGGUUUCCAAAAGACAGUCGACGCUAUUGUCGACCAUCUUCCCAAGGAGCGCCAAACUAUGCUCUUCAGUGCGACGCAGACAAAGAAGGUUGGAGAUUUGGCUCGUUUGAGCCUACAGGACCCCGAGUACGUUGCAGUUCACGAAACCGCCGCCGCCGCGACCCCCUCUACCCUCCAGCAACACUAUACCAUCACCCCCCUGGCGACGAAACUCGAUGUCUUGUGGAGCUUUAUCCGCAGCAACUUGAAGUCCAAGACGGUGGUGUUCCUCUCUUCUGGAAAACAAGUUCGAUUUGUGUACGAGUCUUUCCGACACCUCCAACCCGGUAUCCCGUUGAUGCACCUGCACGGCAAGCAAAAGCAGGGUGGCCGACUUGACAUUACCACGAAAUUCUCCCAAUCUCAGCAUGCAGUUCUUUUCGCCACGGAUGUUGCGGCCCGUGGUCUCGAUUUCCCUGCGGUCGACUGGGUCAUCCAAGUGGACUGCCCCGAAGACAGCGACACCUACAUCCACCGAGUCGGAAGAACGGCCCGUUACGAACGAGUUGGUCGUGCCGUGCUUUUCUUGGAUCCUAGCGAGGAGAAGGGCAUGCUUAAGCGGCUCGAGCAAAAGAAGGUCCCCAUUGAGAAAAUCAACAUCAAGGCCAACAAGCAGCAGAGCAUCAAGAAUCAACUGCAAAAUAUGUGUUUCAAGGACCCUGAGCUGAAGUAUCUGGGCCAGAAGGCCUUCAUCUCUUACGUCAAGUCUAUUUACGUGCAAAAGGAUAAGGAAACCUUCAACUUGAAGGAGUUGAAGCUGGAGGAAUAUGCGUCUAGUCUGGGUCUUCCCGGUGCUCCUCGCAUCAAGUUCAUCAAGGGAGACGAUACAAAGGAGCGGAAGAAUGCCUCCUGGAAGAUGGCCCACCUGACUGACUCCGAGGACGAAUCGGGCGAAGAGGGUGCGGUCAAGAAGGAUAAGAAGGACGAGAAGGAAGUGCGCACACGCUACGAUCGCAUGUUCGAGCGACGAAACCAGGACGUGUUGGCUGGCCAUUACUCUAAACUUAUCAAUGACGAUGGUACGAUGAUUGAUACCGGUGCUGGUGCGGCUACUAGCCAAGAUGCCGACGAGGACGUCGAUUUCUUGUCCGUCAAGCGCGUCUUUGCUGCCGGUGACGACAACCUUGGCAAGGUCGAUUCCGAUGAUUCCGAUGAUUCAAGUGACGACGAGAAGGAGACCAAGGUGGUGCAGCUGGAUGGCAAGAGCGAGCUUAUCAUCGACUCCAAGCGCCGCGAGAAGCUGCUCAAGUCGAAGAAGAAGCUCCUCAAGUUCAAGGGCAAGGGUACCCGACUUGUCUACGACGAGGAGGGUAAUGCCCACGAGGUAUACGAGAUGGAGGACGAGGAGACAUUCAAGGCCCGUGGCGACGCCGAUACCCAGCGCGAGCGCUUCCUGGCCGAGGAGACCGAGCGCACUCGUCGCGCCGAUCUCGAGGACAAGGAGGUCGCACGCGACAAGCGUCGCGAGAAGAAGGAGAAGCGGAAGGCUCGCGAGCGUGCCCUUGCCGCGGAGGAGGUAGAGGACGACGACGAGGGUGGUGUUGCUCAUGGAUUGCCUUUUGUGCCUUUCGAGAUUCCGGGGUCAGACUCUGGAUCCGAGGCAGAGGAGAAAGAGGCAUCCCGACCCAGCAAGAAGCAGCGCGUUUCCUUUGCCCAGCCCGACUCCGACAGCGAGGACGACUCUCGCCAGAAGCGUACAAAGGGUACGAAGGCUGCUGCUGCCCAGCCCCAGAUCGAAACUUUGGCAGAUCUGGAGGCGUUGGCCAGUGGAUUGCUGGGUUGA